AGUAAGUAUAAACCAAGUAUGACAGACAAUAGUUCAAGUUUAAUAAAUAAGCAGGGCUCAGAGUUAACGAUACAAGAUAUUACAUGGAAAAUGAUUGAAUCAGCACAAAUCAAAAUAAUAAAAGAGGCCUUUCGUCUUCGAUAUAAAAAAGAUAAUAAGCUUGUUAGUGAAUAUGCUGAAUAUGUAAAAAAUUUGCAUAAUGCUGACAAUCAAGAUGAGUAUAUAAAAUAUAUAGCAAUAACGCUUUUCCUAAAUGAUGAAGCAUAUAAUAGAAGAAUGUUAAGAUAUAGAAAAUGGUAUCAAGAAAUUGAGGAAGCUGUUGAGAAUGUAUUUAUAGAUGAUAUAGGUGCAACAAUAGCACAUAUUCGUGGUGCUAAUGCAGGAGGUAUAAUGGGUGCAGUUACUUCUUUCCCAAAUGUUCCACUUGGACAUACAGGUGCACAAAUUAUCCCUGCUCGAAAUGUUGCUGAAGAUUGGACAAUAGCAGGAGGAUGCCCAACUAAUGCAGUACCAGUUGCACCAAAUGCUAAAGGAGGUAUUCCUAUUAUUCUAGCAGGAAUUCGAUCUGGACAAAGGCUUUGGUAG